UGCCUGGUGAGAGGAGAAAAGGCUAGGCGCAUGGCUAUGUCUGCCGGUUUGGGAAACAUUUUACGUUUUGUUUUAACUGCAAAGAUUUGAGUAAACUAAAUGAUGAACUGUUGACCAUCAAUGGAAGGAGUUGAAAUAUCACCUGGGUUGUUGAUGGCUUAUUUUAGGUUACAUCCAAGCAGAUAGGUAAAAGGAUGAAACAAAUCUAAUUUCUAUGUUAAUGCUCGCGGUGCAUAGACUUCCAUCGUUGGGCAUGGACGUGUGCUUCUUUACAUGAAGACAAAAGAACAGCUUGACGUUUGUAUGUUGGCUACAAGUGACGCAUUUAUGCCUGUGUGAUAACAGAGAUGGAGAGAAAAGGCGAAACAAAAUUUACAGUAUCGGACAUUUACGCUGUACUGUACAGUGAUGGACAGCGCUUUGAGCGGAACCACACUAGGGCUGUGAGGCACGAGUGACACGGUGUUCCUCGUGUUCAACUAUCUGGUGUUGAGCCUGACUUUUCUCCUGGGACUGCCGGGGAACCUGUUCGUGUGCUGGGUGAUGUACAGGACUAGGACUGUGCAGACUACCAACAACGCGCUCCUGGUUAACCUGGCCGCCAACGACCUAUUGAAAUGCUCUCUGGACACCCCGCUCUUGCUUUCUGUGCUACUGGAGGGGAGGCGAGAGCAGCAGUUCACCUACGCCCUCUGCAGUUGCGUUCAGCUGCUCACCCUGGUCAGCAUCAGCAUGGAACGGUUCCAGGCCAUCGCUUUCCCGUUUCACAACAAGAAGACGAAGGGCAGGAUUCAGGUUUGGAUCCUCGCUAUCUGGGCUUUCGGGUUACUUCUAGCCAUGUGCCGUCGUCACGUAGACAAACACGCGGACCGGUUUGGCGCAUAUAUUUUGGUUCCAGUGUGGGGUUGCAGCCUAACUUUAAUAGUUAUUCACUACGUGCGGAUAUUUAAAGUAGUCAGGCAACACGGUAACAAAGUGUCAGACCGCGGGAUUCAGCUGAGGCCCUCUGUGUCGAGGCACAUCUGGAGUAGGCAGAACUGUGUUGUUUCAGCACCGCGGAUAGCACCGGGGCACACGUUCAAAUCCUUAGCAGCGGCUGGAGCGUCGCGGAUUCUGCAACUCCCACGGUGCACAGUGAUCACAGUGUCUGAGGAGUCCAGCACCCCUUCAGCGGAGAAAGCUCAGGAGAGAGUGAGGGCCGUGUGUCUCCUCACCCCCACUGCUAGGGAGAGGGGACAGAAGAGGAGGGAGCGGAAACUGGCCAAGCGCUUUGGGUACAGCAUCAUCACCUUCACUCUCUUCUGGAUGCCCAUGGUUGUGAUUCUGCUAAUACAUGUCAUCGUGACGAGGAGCAGAGACUCACAGAGCUGGGUCUUGAAGGAGCUGGAGACCUCAGCCAUGGUCCUGACCUGUGUCCCUGCAGCUGUGGACCCCCUCAUCUACACCAUGGUCACCAGACAGUUCCGCUCUGAGUUCAGCAAGCUGAUCUCCUCACUCCUCUGCAGGGGCUGAGGAAUCAAUCCAGGCCCAGGACUGGGAGGACUGAGAACUGGGACCCCUGGACAGAAGUCAAGGCAGGUCUGCAGAGGAUUCAAUUGUAGUGCCCUGUCAGCACAAUAUAAUUUCAUACAAUUGAGAAUUCUAUCAUCAUGUGUAAAUAAACUAAUAACAUCUCACUUUUGGGGAAUUUACCUGAGUUUAUUCAGGUAAAUAUUAAAACAUGCUAGCCAGGCUGGUAGCCUUUUUAUCACAUGUAUAGAUGUAUGAAUUGAAUAGACAAUAGCUAAUAGGAUUGUACAGUAUGUGCCGUAACGAUGUCUUUAUGAGGGGUAUGACUGUUCAGCGUCUGUUCUUACUGUCAUCAGCAUGUGUGAAAUUGUAAUUAGUGAAGGAAGAAAAGCUGCUUACAACUAUAAUACAGACACACACACACACACACACUACAUCCCACCAUCCCCAAUGUCUGUUAGUGGAUGACAUAAAAGACAAAGUCAGAGGUGGUUUCGGC